CGAACUAAAACACGAACACGACACAGCAACGGUUAAAAAAUCUCGCAGCGCGAUGUUCGACUGGCGGUGGAAUUUUUGUUUAUUUUUUUCAAGUUUAAAUAAUACGUUACGCUAUUAGGCGGCGAAUAAGUGCAGAUUAAUAUAAGUGCAAAACCGAGCGACUCGAAAUAACCAAACUAACGAAGGAGAUAACCGACGCGACAAAAGCAACGCUGAAAACAAAAACGAUCGUACAACCGCUUAAAUACAUGCCGAUUUGUUGGUAGGAUCUUAGCAAAUACGAGGAGGAGGCAGACGAAAACGAAAAAUCAGACAUUCAGCUGAAUUAAAUAAGCCAAAUAAAUGGUGUUUUGCAUUUUGUGAGCUUGGCAUUUCGUUUUUCCUUUUGUUACGACGUUUCCGCUGAUCUUGGCCCGUUGUUGUUUUUACCUUUUUUUUCGCGUUGUUGUAACUCGUUUUUUGUGUGAGCGCGCGUGUAUGAAUCACACAAACACAAGCAAAAACAAUAACAACGCGGCGGCGGAGACGGUUAAAUAUGCUAAAACCAAAAAAGGCAAUCUAGAUAGCAGAAUAAAUAAAAGGAAAAACCGAUCGAAAGAGAGUUACGAAACAAGAGGAGGCAUCCUGGAAUUUCAGAGAGCGAGAGAGGAGCCAAGAGAGCAGCACAGCACGCACACACACACCAGAGGGAGACAGCAAGAGCGCAGCACACGUACAGCUGUCAAGUGCGGUGAUCCUUUCCGCAGGCACGCAGCCAUCCCGCUCGCACCCAUGCCGCCACCCUAGACCAACUCUGGAUGCAGCUGCCUAACAAACAGAAUAAACUCCAACAACAAACACAAAGAGGAACGCAGGGAGAGCGAGCGAGACGGAGCAAAAUACGAAGAAGUGGAGGCAGCGGAGAUGCAUCAUCAUGUUGCGGUCGCAACAACAACAACAACACCACCAACAACAACAAACACAGCUUACGGCUGUAGGCAGGCGAGCAUAAAAAAAUAGCUGAAAAAUAGUUGGGAAAAAUCGAAAAUUUCAAAAAAAGGAAAAUAAAUCGAGCAAUAAACGUAAUAUAAUUUAAUCGCGUGUGUUAGUUAUGUGCAAAGUAGAAAGUGCAUUGCAGCGAUAAAUCUACAACGAAAUUUAAGAAAAAUCAUUAAUUAGAAAUUACAAAAAAUAAGGAAUACAAAUUAACAAAUAUGAAGGUCACCGUUUGUUUCGGCGACGUGCGCAUUCUGGUGCCCUGCGGUUCCGGCGAUCUUUUGGUCAGCGAUUUGGUCAAGGAGGCAACGCGUCGCUAUAUAAAGGCAGCAGGAAAGCCCGAUUCCUGGGUGACGGUGACACAUCUGCAAACCCAAUCGGGCAUCCUUGAUCCGGAUGACUGUGUCCGGGAUGUGGCCGAUGAUCGGGAGCAAAUACUGGCACACUUUGAGGACCCUGGACCGGAUCCGGGUGUAGCGCAAGGUGGCGGCGAUGGAGCCUCUGGCAGUUCAUCCGUGGGCACUGGUUCACCGGACAUUUUUCGGGAUCCCACCAAUACGGAGGCACCCACAUGUCCCCGUGAUCUGUCCACACCGCAUAUCGAGGUGACGAGCACCACAUCGGGUCCCAUGGCUGGCCUGGGUGUGGGUUUGAUGGUGCGUCGGAGCAGUGAUCCCAACCUGUUGGCCUCCCUCAAGGCGGAGGGCAGUAACAAGCGUUGGUCAGCGGCAGCGCCUCACUAUGCCGGCGGAGGUGAUUCCCCCGAACGUCUGCUCCUGGACAAGGCCGGUGGUCAGUUGUCGCCGCAAUGGGAGGAGGAGGAUGAUCCCAGUCAGCAGUUGAAGGAGCAAUUGCUACACCAGCAACCGCAUGCUGCGAAUUCGAAUGGAACAGCGGGAAAUCAUCAGCCAUUCGCCCGUUCCGGACGCCUUUCCAUGCAGUUUCUGGGCGAUGGCAAUGGCUACAAGUGGAUGGAGGCAGCGGAGAAGCUGCAGACCCAGCAACCGACCCAUCAGCAGGCUUACCAGCAGUCCUCAUCCUCUUCGUCAGCAUCGGGAAUACUUGGUGCCUACUCGAGCAAAUCCCUGCCCAGGGAGACCAAGAGGAAGGAGCCAUUGGGCCAGGCCUACGAGUCGAUCAGGGAGAAGGAUGGUGAAAUGCUGCUGAUUAUCAACGAGUACGGAAGUCCACUGGGACUCACUGCUCUGCCGGAUAAGGAGCAUGGCGGUGGGUUGCUGGUGCAGCACGUGGAGCCUGGAAGUCGUGCCGAAAGGGGAAGACUGCGUCGUGAUGAUCGAAUCCUAGAGAUCAAUGGAAUCAAGCUGAUUGGACUCACCGAAUCCCAAGUGCAGGAGCAACUGCGACGCGCCCUGGAGAGCUCCGAGCUGAGGGUGAGAGUGCUCCGAGGUGACCGCAAUCGGCGACAGCAGCGUGACUCCAAGGUGGCCGAAAUGGUGGAGGUGGCAACGGUUUCGCCAACCCGCAAGCCACAUGCAGCUCCCGUUGGCACUUCCCUGCAGGUGGCCAAUACCCGUAAGCUGGGACGAAAGAUCGAAAUCCUGCUUAAGAAGGGCCCCAACGGACUGGGCUUCUCGGUCACAACGCGGGACAAUCCUGCUGGUGGCCAUUGUCCCAUCUACAUCAAGAAUAUACUGCCCCGAGGAGCUGCCAUCGAGGAUGGACGUCUCAAGCCAGGGGAUCGCCUGCUGGAAGUGGAUGGUACUCCAAUGACGGGCAAGACACAAACCGAUGUGGUGGCCAUUCUACGGGGUAUGCCAGCGGGAGCCACUGUUCGAAUUGUGGUCUCACGUCAGCAGGAGUUGGCCGAGCAAGCAGCUUCGGGUGAACAGCCCACGGAGAAGACAGCCUCGGUGGCAGUUGCUCCCCCAGCACAGGUGAAUCCAGUGCCAGUGCCGGUGCAGAAGUCGAGCAGUGCCAGAUCCCUGUUCACACAGCACCAACAGCAGCAGCAGCAGUUGCUCAACGAAUCUCAGCACUUUAUCGAUGCGGGCAGCGAGUCGGCAGCUUCCAAUGAUAGCCUCCCGCCUAGCAGCAAUAGCUGGAACUCCCGCGAGGAGCUCACACUUCACAUUCCCGUCCAUGAUACGGAAAAGGCCGGCCUGGGUGUCAGUGUCAAGGGGAAAACAUGCUCGAAUUUGAAUGCCUCCGGAUCGAGUGCCACUUCCGGUGGUAGCAAUGGUCAGCUGAUGAAGCACGACGGUGAUUUGGGUAUAUUUGUGAAGAAUGUGAUCCAUGGCGGUGCUGCCUCUCGGGAUGGACGUCUGCGAAUGAACGAUCAGUUGCUGAGUGUUAAUGGAGUCUCGCUGCGUGGUCAGAACAAUGCCGAGGCCAUGGAGACACUGCGUCGUGCGAUGGUCAAUACGCCGGGAAAGCAUCCGGGCACCAUAACCCUGCUGGUGGGUCGCAAGAUCCUCCGUUCGGCCAGCUCCAGUGACAUUCUGGACCACAGUCACAGUCACAGCCAUAGCAAUAGCAGUAGCGGCGGCAGCAACUCCAAUGGAAAUAGCAAUAAUAACAAUAGCAGCUCCAAUGCCAGCGAUAAUUCGGGAGCCACGGUCAUCUACUUGAGUCCGGAGAAGCGAGAGCAGCGUUGCAAUGGCGGUGGCAGUGGCGGUGGUGCCGGCAAUGAGAUGAAUAGAUGGAGCAAUCCCGUUUUGGAUCGUCUAACCGGUGGCAUUUGCUCCUCAAACUCAGCGCAACCGUCGCAACAGAAGCUGCAGCAGCAGCAGCAGCAACAGCAACAUCCCUCGCAGCAGCAGCAGCAGGCACAGUCUUCGCAUCAGCAGCGUCGCCUGCCUCCGGCUCCCAUUUGCAAUAGUGCAGCUUUGCGGAACGAGAGCUACUACAUGGCCACCAAUGAUAACUGGUCACCAGCGCAGCUGCACCUGCUCACUGGCCAUGGCAACACGGCGCUGCUCAUCGAGGAUGAUGCUGAGCCCAUGUCACCAACCCUGCCGGCGCGUUCGCAUGAUGUACAGCACUGCAACGCGAGCAGCGCCAAUUCAUCGCAACCGAUGACCGCCGGCAAUCAAUUGGGACCGGCUACCAACAACCCCGUUGUGCCGGGCACCCCAUCUUCGUCCAGUAACUUUGAUGCCACCUAUUCGUCGCAGCUGAGUUUGGAGACCAACUCGGGGGUGGAGCACUUUUCACGCGAUGCCCUGGGACGUCGCAGCAUCUCAGAGAAGCAUCAUGCAGCUCUGGAUGCCCGGGAGACGGGCACGUAUCAGAGGAACAAGAAGUUGCGCGAGGAGCGGGAUCGAGAGCGUCGCAUUCAGCUGACCAAGUCGGCUGUGUACGGUGGUUCCAUUGAGUCGCUAACGGCACGCAUUGCCAGUGCCAAUGCCCAGUUUAAUUCCGGCUAUAAGCAUGCCAAGACUGCGUCCAGCAUUGAGCAGCGUGAAUCGCAGCAGCAGUUGGCCGCUGCCGAGGCAGAGGCACGUGAUCAACUAGGGGACUUGGGUCCCUCGUUGGGCAUGAAGAAGUCCUCGUCGUUGGAGUCAUUGCAGACAAUGGUGCAGGAGCUGCAGAUGUCGGAUGAGCCGCGUGGUCAUCAUGCUUUGCGUGCACCACGCGGUCGUGGAAGGGAGGAUAGCUUGCGAGCGGCAGUGGUCAGUGAGCCAGAUGCCAACAAGCCCCGCAAGACCUGGCUGCUGGAGGAGGGCGACCAUGAAGGUGGCUUCGCCUCACAGCGCAACGGACCCUUCCAGAGUUCCCUGAACGAUGGAAAGCAUGGCAGCAAAUCGUCGCGGGCCAAGAAACCAAGCAUACUGCGCGGCAUUGGACACAUGUUCCGCUUUGGCAAGAAUCGUAAGGAUGGCGUGGUGCCAGUGGACACCUAUUCAGUGGCCAUAUCGCCACCCAGUUCGGUGGUUUCCUCUGCCACAUCCCCGCAGCAGCAGCAGCAGCAGCAACAGCAGCAGCAUAUGCCGAAAAUGAUGCAAGUUCCCACAGCUGCUUUGGCCGCUUUGGAGCGUAAUGGCAAGCCACCGGCAUAUCAGCCACCACCACCUUUGCCAGCUCCCAAUGGGGUGAUCAGUGCCUCCUCCCAGCUGAAUGGUGGCAUCCAUCAGAACGACAUCUUCAAUCAUCGCUAUCAGCAUUAUGCCAACUAUGAGGAUCUGCAGCAUCAGGAGCAACAGCAGCAACAGCAGCAGCAGCAGCAGCUUCAUCAGUUAAGUCGAGGCGACUCUAUAACAUCCAUUUCGGAAACACUUUCGGAAUCAACGCUCGAAUGCAUGCGACAGCAGGUGAUCCGGCAGCGCAUCAAGGUGGAGGCGGAAAGUCGCCGCCAUCAGCAUUACCAUUCCCAGCGCAGUGCCCGCUCCCAGGACAUUAGCAUGCAUUCGACCAGCUCUGGUUCCCAGCCAGGUGGCUCCGCUCAGCCACAGUCGCAGGCCAAUGGAAUGCGUCCCAUCAGCAGCUACUAUGAGUAUGAGACAGUGCAGCAACAGCGUGUGGGCAGCAUCAAGCACAGUCACAGCAGCAGUGCAGCCUCCUCGUCGUCAUCGCCCAUCAAUGUGCCGCACUGGAAGGCGGCGGCCAUGAAUGGUUACUCGCCGGCUAGCUUGAAUAGCAGCGCUCGUAGUCGUGGACCCUUUGUUACCCAGGUGACCAUACGUGAGCAGAGUGGCAUACCCGCUCAUCUGCUCCUCCAGCAGCAACAGCAGCAGCAGCAGCAACCCACCUAUCAGACCGUGCAGAAGAUGUCCGGACAGGGGCAGUAUGGAAGCACCGCUGGCUCUCAGCCGCAUGCCUCGAAGGUGUGACUAUAGGUGCUGGCGCAUGCGCGCGCCACUCGCGAUGUGCUCGCCAAAAGCGGACCCGCUACGGGAGCUGCAACUGGAGAUGGAGCUGGAACUGGAGCUGGAGCUGGUGCUGGGGACCAUGGGGCCAUUCUCAGCGAGGUUAGCGAGGAGGUGGAGGUUUUCUACUUUGCCACCGAGUGCUGAGCUUUCAUAUAUUAUAGUAUAUAUAUAAACUUAAGGGAAAUCUAUUGUAAACACACAACACACAUACAUUUGUAAACACCCCCUAAAGGGUGGGUUAAAUAUCAGAAUAAUCCGAAUAUAUUUUAUGUGAAAUUGUGGUUUUCUGUCGAUCAUAAAUUUAUAGAUUUAUCAAUUUGUAAGUCGAUAAUAUCGAGGUGCAAUAUAUGUGUACAUUUUUGUGAACCUCUUGAGAACCAAAUGGAAAAAUAUUUAUCGUAUCUAUGCUAUCAGAAUAUAAACCAUCACUAUAUGUAAUGUAAUUCGUGAUAUUUUGCUAAGACACGAAAACUAAUGUAUACUUUAUAUAUAUUUGAUUAUCGACAGAGGAAUAUUCAAGGGAGAGAUGAGCAGCGAGUAAAUUGUUUUUAGAUCUGAA